AGGUGAACAAGAAAUAGCUCUAGCUUUCCCUGUAGGACGAAGACCACUAGAGCCGCGUGCGCCACCGGGGCAUUAACUUCAGCGCUUGGCUAUAUCCGAAAACAGGACGAUGUCAGCCUUGAAUCGCUCCUUCAACCUGCUGAGGGGUGCCAUGAGACAUCAGACCAUCCCAAAAGCUAACAUUUCAACCAAACCACCUAAGCAUGUGCUGUCCGCUGGGGAGCAAGUCUUUGUAAUGGCGACCAUGUUCGUGACCAUCUUGGGCCCUUCUGGAUGGGUCCUGUCACAUUUGGAGGACUACAAGAAGCGUCCUGGAGCAGAUGAAUAAGAACUGUCUCCAAUCUCCGAGCAUUCCUCCCUACGAAGACUAUUUAACCUUGUUAAGAAUGUUUUAAUAAAUGAAUGUACUUGAACUCAA